AUGGCCGAUUUCAACAUCUUAAGCUCGAUACUUAGCGCCGAUCAGGUUAUUCGGAAGGACCAGAAAGGGUAUGAAGAAGCCAUCAAUAUCGGUAACCUCAUGUAUCGAUACACAACCCCAGCAGCUGUGGUUAAGGUGAAGUCUGUCAAUGAUGUGAGAUCAACAAUUGCCUUUGCACGUAAGAACCACCUUCGGGUCACUGUCAAGAAUGGCGGCCACUCAUACAUGGGCUACUGUCUCAACGAGGGUGGAAUUGUCCUUGAUCUCAGUCUCAUGAACACAUGUCACAUUGACUACGACAAGAUGCUUAUCCACAUGGAUGCUGGCCUUGUCUGGAAGGAUGUUUACGACAAAUAUCUUCAAGACAAGCGCAACAUCGUCAUCGGUGGCCAGUGUCCCUGGGUUGGAGUUAGUGGUUUCACCCUUGGCGCCGGACUCAGCCCUUUCUCGCGAAGCUAUGGCCUGGGAUGCGACAACCUCCUUGAGAUGACUAUUGUCGCAUGGGACGGUAAUAUCAUUACAGUCUCUAGGGAAGACAAAGAUCUCGAAAAGCGAGAAUUGUUCUGGGCUCUGGCCGGCGGUGGCGGUGGUAACUUUGGUGUUACAGUCAGCAUGACUAGUAGGAUGCAUAAGCUUCGAGAUGAAGAUGGACAUGUGGUCUGUGGUCAGCUGGUCUGGCAUCUUCCUCAGCAGAAGGAAGAUUUUGAAAACAUGAUGAACGUUUUCAACACAACCAAAUGCCCGGAUGAGCUAACCAUCGAUGCUCUAUGGUCCCAUAACAAAAAUAAACAGCUCACCGGCGGCAUGACCGUCAUUUACAACGGUGCCGAGGGCCAAGCAAGGGAGGCUUUGAAGAAUUUACUGGCUUUCAACCCCUCGGUCGUUGACCUCGAAGAAAUGGAAUGGACUAAUUGGGUGGAGCAGAAGGCCGAGGGUUGGGACCCCAAGAGCGAGGUCUUCCAUCAUCAUGCAUCUUUCAUCUUCGCAGAAGGUGCUAUCACUCCAGAGCUCACUGCGACGAUUUCCCGCAUCGUUGAGGAGGCGACAAAGGUGGUUGGUAUUACCGAUGAUAACUUGCCCAAUAGUCCCAAGUGUCAUGUACUUUGGGACCACAUCGGAGGUGCAACGGAGAAGAUUGCUUCAGAUGCGACACCGUUCCCCUGGCGCCAGGGCCACUAUGUCUCUAACAUCAAGAUGCAGUGGACUUGUGCAAACAAGACCAAACAAGUCCAUGAUUUCAUCAGAAAGUGCCAAGCCGAGCUUCUGCCCCACGCAAUUGGGCAGAAAGCCGCUUACAUCAACUACAUCGACAGGAACGUCGAAGACUGGCAGCAGGCGUAUUACGGCGACAACUAUCGACGACUGCAGGAGAUUAAAACUAAGUGGGAUCCGCAUAACGUUUUCUGGAACUGGCAAUCUAUUGAACUCAUCAAAGAUGGCAAGACAGUCCCUCACCCUGGUAGUGUGAAGAAAAUGGAAAACUGCUAUUCAAGCUGGCCCCUAUGA